CUGUAUCCACCUCACAACAUGGCGUCUAACCCUUGUACUCACCAGUAAACUACAUUACCCAGUAACCUAUGCGACGUCGCCUUAGCAACUUUGCCUAGCAACCGCCACAAACGCCAAACCUUUGGUGACUACGACACAUCCAGAAAUGUGUGAAGUUUUCUAAAUAAGUUAAAAAUGGGAAAAAACUAUUACACUACAUUGGAAAUUAACCGAAGCGCAUCUGACGCGGACAUUAAACAAUCGUAUCGACGACUAGCACUGAAAUAUCAUCCACAAAACAACAACCAGCCAUGUGCUUAUGAGAAAUUCAACCAGCUUGCUGAAGCUUAUGAUGUUCUGAGUGACCCUCGAAAAAAGGCCACGUAUGAUAAGUUUGGAGAGGAAGGCCUCAGGGGUGGAAUUCCUCCAGAGUCAGCGGCAAGUGGUGCAUGGUCAUCUGGAUACACCUAUCAUGGAAAUCCCGAGAAAACAUUCAGAGAGUUUUUUGGUGGAGAUAAUCCUUUUGCUGAUUAUCACAUCUCCGAAGUGGAGCUCAGUUUUGGAGGCCUCCGUGGACGACAGAUGACAAAGCAGGAUCCACCCAUUGAGCGUGACCUGCAUUUAGCUUUAGAAGACCUUUUCCACGGAUGCACCAAAAAGAUCAAGAUAUCCCGACGUGUGAUGAAUGAAGACGGCCAGACGUCAAGCAUCAAAGACAAGAUUUUAACCAUCACCGUGAAACCAGGCUGGAAGGAAGGGACACAGAUUACAUUCCCUAAAGAGGGAGAUCAGGGGCCGAAUAGCAUCCCAUCAGACAUCAUUUUCAUCGUUCGUCAAAAACCCCACCCCCUGUUCGCCCGUCAGAAUGACGACUUGAUUUACACAGAAAACAUAACACUCGGGAAGGCAUUGACUGGGUGUUCAGUGGAGGUGGAGACACUAGAUGGCAAACUUCUCAACAUUCCUGUCAAUGAGAUUGUAUAUCCACAGUACAACAAGCUGGUGAGUGGAGAGGGAAUGCCUUUAUCCAGCAACCCGACUGCACGUGGAGAUCUGAUUAUCCACUUUAACAUCCAGUUCCCACAGAAGCUCUCUACCGAGAAGAAACUGCUUAUUAAGCAAGCCCUUUGCAUGUGACCCACUUCCCCAGUCUUAUGUCAUGUAUUGAUCAGUUCUGCUUCUGAGAAAUAAAACACUGCUUUAUUUUAAAAACUUUAUUAGCAAGCUUUUAAAAAAAGAAAAAAAGAAAAAAAAGAGCUAAAAAUAGACAAGAGAAAGAAUCAAGACCAGCUUUCUAGUCCGGGAUACACUUGAAUGAAUGUAACUGGGAAAUCAGUGGGGCUUUUAAGGGGGAGUUAAUAAGAGUUAAACAGAAAAGGGCACAUCACCACAGAACCCCUAGUGACCUACAGAGGAGUAGACCAAUUUUGGCGAGCCGCCAUCAUGGCACGUUUCAGCUGUUCAUAGGUGACGAACAUCACCACAUUCCAGGAGCCCAGCCUCAGGAAAGAAGGCAUAAACCUGUAGAGUUAAGGGAUUUAUUUAAAAACAAGCAAGCAAACAAAAUCCACAACACUGCAGGUAAUUUCAGUGAUAUAAAAAUUAAUCCAAUUUAUCUUACCCCUUAUAGAAGGCCAUAGGCCCCUCCUUGGUCAACAUGGCCAGAGCACAGUUCAGGGCACUGCUGUAUUGGCCAUGAGCAGAGUUCAUGUAUCUUGUUUUCACAACAUCAACUGGCGAAGCAAUCACUGUGGUGCAGAAACCAGCCCCAAAUGCAGAUGUGAAGUGACAUGGAAGGUCAUCUGUAAGAAAUAAUGAUGCGUUAUUGCUGGUGCCUUAUGAACAAUACUAAAUAAUAUCCAUUAUUUAACACUGGCUUACCAGUCAUUGGUGUAUUUCUCAAAAGAGCAUCUUUGAUGAGGUCAUAAGUCACCAGUUCAGUACAAUUCACAAUGGCAUUGCGGGUGAUGUUUGGGCCGGUUCCUGAAAUUUUAAAAUUACACUUCUGUAUCAGACUUUAUAAGCUACUAAUAUGCCACAGAUGUUGUAAGCACCAGAUUUACCUUUCCACAGUCCACGAAAACCCUCCUCCUUGGCAAUGGUUCGGUAGGCAUCCAUGGUGCCAUGGUAGCGUUUGUUUGCAGCACCAGCGCUGACCUGAGCCUGAAAACGCACCUUCACCACAUCUGUUGGUUGAGCCAAAGCAACGGCCAUUGCACCAGUGGUGCAGCCUGCCAGCAGGCGACUACCGAUCCCCACAUCUAGGAAAAGGGGCAGGUUUCACAUUGAGUACAGAGUUUGGCUGCAAGACAAUCACAUUUGUUCAAAAACUUACGAUCAGAUCCUUUGGUGUAAAACUGCUUAACCGAGUCAUACAGGCCAAUGCGGACAGAAGCAAAGCUCAUCUGGCGCUGCAGUCCAGCGACCAGGCCAUUGUAGAGACUCCGUGGCCCUUCUGUACGCACCAUGGUGGCAAUGGUGCCAAACACGCCACGGUACUUCAUCGCCUGGGCAGCACUAGCUUUCGCAGUACCACUGGUCUCCCCUUGGAUCUGUACAGAACAAAAGGGGCAUGGAAAGGCUUUACAGACACUAAGUAGGGCCACUUGGAAGAGGGAACAGUCUCCAGCCACAUGAUGUCCAUGAUGUCAGUCCAGGAUCUGCACAGGUCCUAGGGUGUAAGCUCCUGGUUCAGCUUAAAUGACUAGUGCAAAGUGCAUUGGAAGUCGAGAAGGAAAAAAAAUAGGGGAAAGCCGAUGUCAGUGUGUGACUUUCAAAGUUCAUCAAAGAUCAAUAUCAAACUCAUUCAGGCAUAAAAGCUGGUCCUGCUGCAUGGAGGGAAGAAAGAUUAACCGAUGUUCCUCAGGGAAACUCUUAACGCAGUACCAUACCUUCCGUUAUUGCUGCUGAGCAAAGUGUCAUUUUAUAGACCCUUACCUGGAGCCGAACUUUGGCCGUGUCUAGAGGAAAGGUGACCAAGUCAGCGAUGCAUGCUGCAGUACCAGCGCCGAUAAACUUCACAGCAGCUGUUGGGGGCACAUCCGCAGGUCUGAAGCCAACCAUUUUUCUAUUUGCUGGAAUUAGUAGCUGGAAAAAGGAUCUUGAAGACCAAUGAUGUGAAAACAAGAUAGGUGAACUCCACCCAGCUCUGGAAAACAAAAAUGGAAAUGAGACAUAUCCAUUUAAAAGUUCACCACACUAGUCUCAGAUGUUGGUGUGCACUCAGGUUUAUUUUAUUACUUUAUAUUAUAGGUUUUAAUGUAUUAACAAGUACAUUUAAAAUCCCUUUCAGUAUUUUAAGGAGUUUUUGUAUGUGCCAUUCUAGUUUUCAGCAUGCAACCACAUCAGGGUUCUCCUUUUCUUAGGAGAGCGACAUAGAAUGUCUUUGUACAGUUUACACAACACCGAGUCUGCUACAUGUUAGUCAGCUCAGAUGGAGGCAGGAGGCUUUUUAACUAGAUAAUGGGUCAGUUGACACCAAGAAGAGUCAAGUCAAGAGUCAAAAAGGGGAACAUUCAACCCCCUGAAAACUUUGUCGGAUUAGUGCAGCGACAAAAAGUCUCUGCUCAGCAAUUUUACAGGUUUACGGAAGUGGAGCCUCCGCCUGUUAAUUAGUUUAUCAUCGACCCACAGAAGUCAAAAAAAAAAAAAAAAAGUGAUGUCAGUGGAUUACUGAUUCAACAGAGAAAACGGAACUGAAAUGGCCAUGCGUCUCAUUUUAGUAGAAGAUAUCUGAAAGCUCAAUACAAGGAAGUACCGGUUAUAAGCAAUGUGUUGGUGGUAUUGCUGAGAAAUAAUAAAAUAAAAUAAAUAAAAAAAGUAUUACCUUCACUCAAGAGACCCCGGGCAAUGAAGCCAGACAAAGUCAAGAUUCUCUAAAAGCGUCCCUCUGGUUGAAAUUACUUUCAACUAUAAUCUGGUUGCCUUGUUCUUCCAUAGAAAACAGCUCAGAAAACAGACACUUAAAAAACAUACUCCUGGAAAACAACAAGA